GAAGACUACCAGGUUGUGUCUUGCCAGACACUAUAUCUUCAGUACUUCAAGAAGCACCAGUGUAAGUGUCUUGAACAACAACUGAUAUUGCAGAAGUAUUUUGUGGAAGACUACCAGGUUGUGUCUUGCCAGACACUAUAUCUUCAGUACUUCAAGAAGCACCAGUGUAAGUGUCUUGAACAACAACUGAUAUUGCAGAAGUAUUUUGUGGAAGACUACCAGGUUGUGUCUUGCCAGACACUAUAUCUUCAGUUCUUCAAGAAGCACCAGUGUAAGUGUCUUGAACAACAACUGAUAUUGCAGAAGUAUUUUGUGGAAGACUACCAGGUUGUGUCUUGCAGACACUAUAUCUUCAGUACUUCAAGAAGCACCAGUGUAAGUGUCUUGAACAACAACUGAUAUUGCAGAAGUAUUUUGUGGAAGACUACCAGGUUGUGUCUUGCCAGACACUAUAUCUUCAGUACUUCAAGAAGCACCAGUGUAAGUGUCUUGAACAACAACUGAUAUUGCAGAAGUAUUUUGUGGAAGACUACCAGGUUGUGUCUUGCCAGACACUAUAUCUUCAGUUCUUCAAGAAGCACCAGUUGUAAGUGUCUUGAACAACAACUGAUAUUGCAGAAGUAUUUUGUGGAAGACUACCAGGUUGUGUCUUGCCAGACACUAUAUCUUCAGUACUUCAAGAAGCACCAGUGUAAGUGUCUUGAACAACAACUGAUAUUGCAGAAGUAUUUUGUGGAAGACUACCAGGUUGUGUCUUGCCAGACACUAUAUCUUCAGUUCUUCAAGAAGCACCAGUGUAAGUGUCUUGAACAACAACUGAUAUUGCAGAAGUAUUUUGUGGAAGACUACCAGGUUGUGUCUUGCCAGACACUAUAUCUUCAGUACUUCAAGAAGCACCAGUAACUCUGCCCUGGCAUUAAGACAUCUUCCAUAUCAGACGUCCCAGCUGCUUGCUUACGUGAACCUCCUUCUCCACACGUUGCCUCAGCAUCCAUGUCCUCCUGGUGCACCUCAACCACCACCGCGUGCUGCUUACUCUCGUUGCACAAGGUGCUCUCACACUCCUGUGCAUCUGCUACCCCCUCCAAUGCUCUCCCGUCCUUCUCCCCUUCCUGACUGUCUUCCACCUCCCCCAAGAAGUCUUUCAACAGACCAUCCUGUUGUUAGUCACUCCUGUCAACAAUCGCCUCCAUAGAUGUUCGCUCAGACACAGUUCCCACAGGUAACGAGGUGCACACUCCCAUCUCAGACUCUGCUCUGUCUACUUCUGUACUCCAACUUCUAGAUGCCUGGUCUGCAGCUUCACCUGUCCCAAGUGCCAAAGAGCCCAGCUGUCAUUCCACCAUUGUUGGCGCCUGUUCCCUCCAUCCCUGCCUUUGAUGACAUUGGGCCGCCAUAUGGUCAUAAGACCCACACAGCCUACAUGUCUGACGCUGUCCUGCAUAAUAUACAUAAACCUGUAUUCUGAACUCUUCCAUCAGAACGUAUGAUGGUAUAGGUUGUCUCAAUGUCAUCCUCAAGGUGAAAGAUCCCUCUGGCAGCCCCAUAUAAGGCCCAUCUUUCCACACUCCCAACUCUGCCUAAUGGAUCUUGCCAUAUCUACGGAAUACCUCCACAACAUCGUAUUCCAAGGCCUCAAAGGGGACAUUUCUCACCUUUACCCAUGUGUGGCGGCCUCCUGCCAAACUAGCAGUUAGACUGUUAACCUGCCGGCCGGCAGUACCAAGGGUACAUCAUCAAACCCAAUGUGGGGACUGCUGAGCCAGCUUUAGAGGCAGUAUUUACCCGACUAUCUUAUGGUAUACAUCUACUGGCAGUAGAGAGUAUUCACUUGACCAUCUUAUCAUAUAUAUCUACUGGCCUUAGAAGUAGUAUUAACCUGACCACCUUACGGUUUGCUUCUAUUUGCUUUAGUAGUGUGUUCACCGCAGUUUUCCUGGUUACUCAGAUGCCUGCGGACUUCAGUUUACCUGCUGGCCUGUUCCCUGCUGGCCUUUCUGAGGAGACACUUCAGACUCUCUCCUUGGUAGUAUUUCCUUUUUCAAGAAGAGUUCUCCUUACUCAGUAAUUGGUGAUGCUAUAAGUCAUGGCUGAUGCUAUUGCGUAGUGUGACACAGAGAAGAUAUGGUCGGAGUGUGACACUGAAGAAGGAUGGGAUCAUAGUGUGACACUGGAGGAAGAUAGGCAGUGUGAUACUGAAGUAAGAUAAGGGCAUAGUGGAACAUUUAGAGAAAAUAGUACCGUGUGACGCUGAAGGAAGAUAGAGUCGUAGUGUGACGCUGAUGAAUAGUGUCAUGUGACAGAUUGCUGGCCUCAGAGGAGAAAGACGCUAUGCAGGUGAUCCUCUUCAAGGGGGGCUCCUUGGCAUGGUGAAGAGGCCUUUGGUCUGAGGAAUUAGACCUGUUGGUCUCCUUCCUCAGACCGAACCUAAUUACCCCCCAAUCCCCCCUCCCUUAUCCUAUCCUACCUUUUUCUUUUCCUCCUUCUCCUCCCCACCCCUCCCUAUUACCCGUCCUCUUUUUUUUCCCCCACACAGGCACACUAGUUCCUGGGUAGGGGAAAGGGUACUGGGGUCCAUCCUAUUCCGCUGAGGUUCUUGGCGGUGGUGUAGUUUGCCAUGGAAUCUGGAUCUCCUGGGGAUGUCCCAAUCCCUCUUCGGUCUCCCGGGGAGUGGCUUUGGGUAUCUUUCAGGCGAAGGGUGUAUCUCUGGAGGCUGCCUUUCGGAUUCUAGGGGUGGUGGCCAAAGGAGGUAUGCUUUGUGGUGGAUAUCCAGCCACCUUCUAUUUUGUCCAUCGAGGUAGCUCGGCAGAUGUGAGGUUGCUAUCUCGGAUUGCUGGUUUACUGGCCUGAUGGGUAGGGUAUGGCAUGGGUCCCAUGCUGCAUCUGCACUACUUGCAUUGCUGAGGUCCUCUUGAGCUUUGGGGGAGAUUUCUGGCCCUCUCAUUCCUCCCAGGAACUAUCCCUCCCCAGUCCCCCCUUUUUUUAUUCUUUUUUUAUUUUUAUUUUCUUUUCUUCCUUCUUUUUUUUUCUUAAAAACAAAAAAAGGAAGCAAACUAACCAUGGAAGCCCUAGUCCAUUAACCUGCUACCCCCGGGCCCCUUCUUGAUACCUCACCCAGUUCUGACCCCACCUCAUCUUUGGACCACUCUUCGGAUACUCCAAAUGCCUCUGUACCUUUUGUCCAUGCUGUUUCCUGUCCCGCUUCAGGUACUGAGGUCUCGACUGACUCCUUCAAUUUAUCUGACCUCCGUUCUCCUUUGACUAUGCUUCCGGCCUCUCCCUCUAUGGUGCGGCAAUUUUCGAAUUGCCGGUCCAUUCCACGUCGGACCAACUCUGGUCCCACUCCUAAACGCCAACGACAAUUACCUGCUGAUGAUACUUCUCCACCUCCUCGUUCUUCUCAGAAAAGAUCGACACGUCCUGCACUCCCUUUCCAUGCUCUGUUUCAGAAUGCACAAUGGACUAAAUUCUUCACUUUACGACCGACUUCCUCUAUUGCCUAUCUUUCUGACCAUAGUAUUGGCAAGGCACUCCUAUGCCAUGUUGGUAAAGAUAUUUCUUUUCAUGCUCUUAAGAGUGGUACAUGCAUCAUCACUGUACAGAAUGCUACCAAAGCUCAUGAUCUUUCUCUUCUUUCCCAUAUCGAUACUGUUCCUGUCACUAUUGAAAAACAUUAUUCCCUCAAUUCUUGUAGUGGUACUGUCAUUCUGCCCCAUACCAUAGUUCAACAAAAUUUCCAGACAUGUGGCAAUGACAUUCUUGAACAGCUGGAACUCCAAGAUCUCCCAAUCCUCAAGGUAGACACUUAUGUACUUCCUGCCUGCGGGCAGAGACGAUACCCUAGCAAUGUGGCUCGUUUAACUUUUGACAGCCAUGAACUCCCAUCCUCAGUUUAUGUAGCAGGACAUUGGUUACAAGUUCGAAAGGCGAUCCCUACACCUCAACAGUGUAGAAACUGCUGGCGAUUUGGCCAUCCAGCGAAAUAUUGCAGAUCUAUAGCCGAAUACCCAGUCUGUGGUGCCGAUGACCAUUCUAAUACAUCUUGCAGUCGACCUCCCUCUCGCCUCAAUUGUCAUGAGGCUCACCAUUUGUACUCUCGCCGUUGCCAAGUCUACUUAAAUGAGCGGGAAAUCCAUUACCUCAAAGAAGCAGAAGGUCUCGCUUAUGCCAUGGCAGUUUCUCAUCUCUGCCUCCAAGGGAGACUACCUCGUGUUUCUUAUUCCCGUGUUUCAAAAUGCCCCCCCACUUCUGGGGUCCCAUCUUCUGCAACCUCCUCUGUGGUUACCUCUCCCAUAGUCACUCAUGUAUCUAAUUCUUUUGCUGUCCUGGGUUCAGACGUCCCUACUUCAACUCCUCAGUCUGUUCUCGCUUCUUCGUGUUCUCCCUCACAAGCCUCGGUAUCAAAGAGAUCUCAUACGACACCUCCUCCCAAUCGUCCCUCUACUUCUCAGAAGUCAAAAAAAGCUCCUUUAACCCCUCCUUCCCUUCUUCCACCUCCUCAUUUUACCUUCCCUGUCUCUGUACCUGGUUCUUCCCCUCUCGCUGCCUCUGUUACAAGUGCAGAGGCUCACCCUUCUCCUCGUACUGUACCUUCCUCCCCUGUUUCCUCCCAAGUUUCUUCCUCUUCUGCCACCUCCCAGGUUUCUGCCUCUUCUGUCCCCUUCCAAGCUUCUUCUCCAGUUCUCUCCACCCUUUCGCCCCCCCUACCUUGGUAGAGUCCAUUACAGUUUCAAUCUUUACUCAUCCUCCCUCUCCCAUCUCCAAUAUUGUCUCCCAUACGACAUCUUUGAAUUCCGAAAUACUUGAAGCAAUCUCUGAAUAUAUUGCAGAAAUCAAACCAUCAAUGGACACUGAUCCACCCUCUGUUCCUUCUCUCUCCUCUCCUCCAUCUGCGCAACUCCUUUCUUCGCAGCGCACCGUUCCUUCACUGCUUGAACAUUUUCUGCUGCCACCACUUGUGGACUUUUCUAACCCCUCUAGUCUGUAGGAACCCUUACCUGUGGAUUUCAGGUAUCUUUAUCGUUGCCAAUCAUGGCCUAUUUACAGUGGAAUAUACGCAGCCUCAGGGGUAAUCGGGGUGAGCUUCAGAUGUUACUCUCCCAGUUUUCCCCUGUUGGUGUUUGCUUACAGGAACCAAAAUUACACUCCGCUGUUAUCUAUCCCAUCUCAGGCUAUAAUUUAUUGUAUUCUUCAGAUCCUUUUCCUGAUGGGACCUUUAAUGAAAGUGCCCUUCUUCUUCGCACUGAUAUUCCAUACCAUAAGCUAUUUGUUCGUACUUUGCUGCAUUACACAGCAGCCCGUAUCCACUUGCAUAGGUGGUAUAUGCUCUGUUCUUUAUAUCUCUCUCCUUCUCGGGCAUUAUCUAUCCUGGAUAUUGCCUUUCUUGUUUCGUCAUCACCGCCACCGCUUCUGUUACUUGGCGUUUUUAAUGCCCAUCAUUUCCUCUGAGGGGUCUCACUGUGAUUCCUGUGGCAUUCAGUUAGAGGGUUUUCUUGCUACCCACCCCCUCCAUGUUUUAAAUACAGGUACUCACACCCAUUUUGAUCCUCAGACUCAUACUCUCUCUUGCAUUGAUCUCUCAGUCUGCUCUUCCUCCACUGCAUUAGACUUCACCUGGUCGGUUCUCCUGGAUUUACAUGACAGCAAUCAUUUCCCAAUCAUUCUUACUUCCCCUUCAUAUUCACCACCUCUUGGCAUCCCACGCUGGCAAUUUGAUCAGGCAAAUUGGAACCUUUACUCACAACUAACUGUUUUUAGAUAGGCUCCUUCUUCGUCAUCCAUUGAUGAGCUUUUACACCUCUUCUCUUCCUCCAUUUCAACCACAGCUUCUCAUUCUAUACCCCAAACUUUGGGCAGGAAUGCUCAGAAAUGCAUGCCUUGGUGGUCUCCUGCUUGUGCUCGUGCAGUACGUUUGAAACACGCUGCAUGGGGCAGGUACCGGUACAACAGAACAAUGGAGAGACUUCUUGAUUUUAAGCAGAAGUGUGCGAUCACUCACCGUGUCAUCCAUGAUGCUAAAUGCACUUGCUGGCGAGAUUAUGUCUCCACCAUCACCUCUGCUUCCUCUAUGAGUGCAGUCUGGAAAAAAGUACGAAAACUGAGUGGUAAAUAUUCUCCUGACCCAGCUCCUGUUCUGCAGGUUGCCGGUGUUGAUAUAGCAAACCCACUAGAUGUUGCCAAUGAAAUUGGCAAUCAUCUGGUCCGUAUUUCUCAGGGGCUCCAUCUAUGCCCCUCGUUUCUUUCAUCACUCUAUGUUGAUGACUUCGCUAUUGCCUGUGCAGGCACUGACUGUCACCUCAUUAUAGUUUCUCUCCAGCAUGCGGUCGACUGUGUUUCCAAUUGGGCCACCACACAUGGGUUUAAAUUUUCCAGUACGAAAACUUACCAAAUUACUUUCACUAGAUGCUCUGUCAUCUCCGAUCAUCCUUUGUACCUCUAUGGCUCCCGUAUCCCUGAACGUGAUACAGUCAGGUUUCUGGGCCUCCUCUUUGACCGUGGGAGCGCUUGAGGUUCCUGAACCUGUAUUCCCUGGAACGCAGGCGGGAGAGAUACAUGAUUAUAUACACCUGGGAAAUCCUAGAGGAACUAGUAUCGAACUUGCACACGAAAAUCACUCACUACGAAAGCAAAAGACUUGGCAGACGAUGCAACAUCCCCCCAAUGAAAAGCAGGGGUGUCACUAGCACAUUAAGAGACCAUACAAUAAGUGUCAGGGGCCCAAGACUGUUCAACUGCCUCCCAGCAUACAUAAGGGGGAUUACCAACAGACCCCUGGCAGUCUUCAAGCUGGCACUGGACAAGCACCUAAAGUCGGUUCCUGAUCAGCUGGGCUGUGGCUCGUACAUUGGAUUGCGUGCAGCCAGCAGUAACAGCCUGGUUGAUCAGCCUCUGAUCCACCAGGAGGCCUGGUCACAGACCGGGCCGCGGGGGCGUUGACCCCCGGAACUCUCUCCAGGUAAACUCCAGGCAGGUUAUCCUGGAAACCUCAUAUUGCCUCUCUGAAGGCAACUUGUCACAGCCGGCUGAACCUUCUUAAAACCCUUGCUCAUCUUUCAUGGGGAGCUGAUCGUCGAACUCUCCUUCGUCUACAUUCCACCAUCAUUUUAUCAAAACUUGAUUAUGGUGACCAGAUCUAUUCAGUGGCCUCUCCUGCUACAAAGGAUUACAUUUAUGCCUUGGUGCUUUUCGCUCUUCCCCUGUCGAGAGCCUCUAUGUAGAAGCAAACAUUCCAUUCUUAUCCAAUCGCCAUGAUGCCCAUUGCCUUCGCUACUAUGUACGCUCUCAUGAUCUCCGCAAUCCUUCCAUUUAUAGAACGGUCACUGAUAUUAGUAUACAUUCUUUAUUUGUUCACCGCCCCUGUUUACUCCAUCCCUUCUCUCUGCACCUACAUUCGCUCUUGUCUUCUCUUCAAUUACCACCUUUCUAUGUUAAUGCAGCAUCUCACUUUUCCCUACCCCCCUGGGAAGUUCCAGCUGUUCGAGUCUGUUCUUUCUCUCUCCCUUGCUCGAAAGCCCAACUGUCUACUGUAGCUUUCUGCUCUCUUUUUCUUGACCACUUCCACUCUUUUUCUCAUGUCAUUGCAGAGUACACAGAUGGCUCUAAGUCUUCUUACGGUGUAGGGUUUGCAGCAGUGUUUCUGGACAGUGUUGUACGAGAGCAUUUACUAUCUUUGGCUGGUAUUUUUACUGCUGAAUUGUAUGCCAUUCUUGCAGCACUUAUCCAUAUUGCAUCUAUGCCUGUGUCAUCAUUUGUGGUUGUCUCAGACUCCCUUAGUGCUUUACAGGCUAUACAGAAAGUUGAUACACCUCACCCCUUAGUCCUCCGUAUCCAACUUUGGCUAUGCUGCAUCUUUACCAAGCAUAAAGAUAUUAUUUUUUGUUGGGUCCCUGGUCAUGUUGAUGUACAGGGCAAUGAACAGGCAGACACUGCUGCGCGGUCAGCAGUACAUGACCUACCAGUUUCAUAUAGAGGUAUUCCAUUUACAGACUAUUUUGCUGCAAUAGCUACCCACCUUCACACCCAUUGGCAACAACAUUGGCCUACUCUGCUUGGUAACAAACUUCAAUCUAUUAAACCGAGUAUAGGUUACUGGCCAUUUUUUUUGUCACCAGUGUCGAGGUUGGGAGACCACUCUCUCCCGUCUUCACAUUGGCCAUACUCAUCUUACUCAUGGAUAUCUCAUGGAGAGGCGCCCUGCUCCUCUCUGUGAGAAUUGUCAGGUUCCAUUAUCAGUCAGCCACAUUCUGUUAGACUGCCCACUUUAUCAACGAGCACGCAGAAUUUACCUCCAUCGUUGUCUUUGCUCCGCUGCUCUCUCUUUUCCUUCCCUUCUCGCUGAUGGACCCACCUUUCGUCCGGACUCUCUCAUUGACUUUUUGACAACAACUGACUUACUUUACAAACUAUGAUACCUUCAGCCCUUUCUACCUCAAUCUCUUGCUACCCUCUACCCCCGCACUAUCCCCUGCCCCGCUGUUUUCUGUAACCUACUGAUCAUCCCUUCCCCCUUCUGCUGCCCAAUACCCUCACUUCCUUCCCUACCCUGCAGUGCUGUAUAGCCCUUGUGGCUUAGCGCUUCCUUUUGAUUAUAAUAAUAAUAAUAUGCAUGUGAUGCUGAGAUGAAUUAAUUAUAACUUAUUAUUGUAUGAUUAAUAUAUACAUAGUAUGUACAAAGAUGUUACUUAUAAUUUAUUAUUUUAGCAUGUAUAUAUAUGUACUGUGACAGUAGUGUCCAGAAGUUGUAUGCUGUGUGUGGUAGGGUCAUGAAUUAAUUAUAAUUUAUUAUUUUAGGAUUUGUUUGCACAAAGAUGCUAAUUACAAUUUAUUAUUGUAACGUGUAUAUGUGUAUAUUAUCAGACGUUAAUAUUUAUAGAA